CUCUUGCCUCUCUAUCCCCCCUUGAAUCCGAAGGCGCCUCGCGAUUGGGUGCUGGGGCCGGGUACGUCAGUGGGACUGUGACGUGCAGUCUUCCUGUUUCCUUCAGCUGUGUCUUAAAGUAAAUCUUGUUGUGGAGCGGAGCCCUCAGCUGAGAGAGCGCUGGGAAAGCGACGGCCACUGCAGCCGGGGACGCCCGCGCGGCGCACACAAGCCUCUCCGCCGCGCCCGCUGCGCCUCGGGCCACCGCUCCGCGCUCCAGCCCUCGGCGCCUUCUCCGCUCUCUCUCUCUCUCCCCUUCUCUCCGCGGGCUCCCGGCUCUGCCCUGCGCGCCUCUCCCCUCCCCUCCCUCCUUUCUCCCCUCGCCUCUCAACACUCGCCCAGAUCCCUCGCUCCCACACAGACUCACCGACCCCUGGGCCAGUUAUCACCAGGAAGACAUCACCGCGUGCGCGCGUGGGCUUCUUCUCUGCCCGCAAGGGAGAGGAAGAGAGGGAGAGAGAGAGAAGAGAGAGAGAGAGAGAGAGAGAGAGAGAGAGAGAGAGAGAGAGAGAGAGAGAGAGAGAGAGAGAGAGGCUGCGCCCCGCUGCUGCCCGCACCGCGGUCCCGGGAUUCUUGAGCUGUGCCCAGCUGACGAGCUUUUGAAGAUGGCACAAUAACUGUCCAGUGAUGCCUGACCAUGACAGCACAGCCCUCUUAAGCCGGCAAACCAAGAGGAGAAGGGUUGACAUUGGAGUGAAAAGGACGGUAGGGACAGCAUCUGCAUUUUUUGCUAAGGCAAGGGCAACAUUUUUCAGUGCCAUGAAUCCCCAAGGUUCAGAGCAGGAUGUUGAAUAUUCUGUGGUGCAACACGCAGAUGGGGAAAAGUCGAACGUACUCCGCAAGCUGCUGAAGAGGGCGAACUCGUAUGAAGAUGCCAUGAUGCCUUUUCCAGGAGCAACUAUAAUUUCCCAGCUGUUGAAAAAUAACAUGAACAAAAACGGUGGCACCGAGCCCAGUUUCCAAGCCAGCGGACUCUCUAGCACAGGCUCCGAAGUACAUCAGGAGGAUAUAUGUAGCAACUCUUCAAGAGACAGCCCCCCAGAGUGUCUUUCCCCUUUUGGCAGGCCUACUAUGAGCCAGUUUGAUGUGGAUCGCUUAUGUGAUGAGCACCUGAGAGCAAAGCGCGCCCGGGUUGAGAAUAUCAUUCGGGGUAUGAGCCAUUCCCCCAGUGUGGCAUUAAGGGGCAAUGAAAACGAAAGAGAGAUGGCCCCGCAGUCUGUGAGCCCCCGAGAAAGUUACAGAGAAAACAAACGCAAGCAGAAGCUGCCCCAGCAGCAGCAACAGAGCUUCCAGCAGCUGGUUUCAGCCCGAAAAGAACAGAAGCGAGAGGAGCGCCGACAGCUGAAACAGCAGCUGGAAGACAUGCAGAAGCAGCUGCGCCAGCUGCAGGAGAAGUUCUACCAGGUCUAUGACAGCACAGACUCUGAAAAUGAUGAAGAUGGCGACCUGUCUGAAGACAGCAUGCGCUCGGAGAUCCUGGAUGCACGGGCUCAGGACUCAGUGGGGCGCUCAGACAAUGAGAUGUGCGAGCUGGACCCAGGGCAGUUCAUCGACAGGGCCCGAGCCCUUAUCAGGGAGCAGGAGAUGGCCGAGAACAAGCCUAAGCGAGAGGGCGGCAACAAAGAAAGAGACCACGGGCCAAACUCCUUGCAGCCAGAAGGCAAGCAUCUGGCAGAGACCUUAAAACAGGAGCUGAACACGGCCAUGUCACAGGUCGUGGACACCGUGGUCAAAGUCUUCUCUGCCAAGCCCUCUCGCCAGGUUCCUCAGGUCUUCCCACCUCUCCAGAUCCCCCAGGCCAGAUUCGCAGUCAAUGGGGAAAACCACAAUUUCCACACGGCCAACCAGCGCCUGCAAUGCUUUGGUGAUGUCAUCAUUCCAAACCCCCUGGACACCUUUGGCAAUGUGCAGAUGCCUAGCUCCACAGACCAGACGGAAGCACUUCCCCUGGUGGUCCGCAAGAACUCAUCUGAACAAUCUGCCUCUGGUCCGGCCACUGGUGGCCACCACCAGCCCCUGCACCAGUCGCCCCUCUCUGCCACGGCAGGCUUCACCACCCCUAGCUUCCGCCAUCCCUUUCCCCUGCCCUUGAUGGCUUACCCAUUUCAGAGUCCACUAGGUGCUCCCUCCGGCUCCUUCUCGGGCAAAGACAGAGCCUCUCCCGAGUCCUUAGACUUGACCCGGGACACCACGAGUCUGAGGACCAAGAUGGCAUCCCACCAUCUGAGCCACCACCCCUGUUCACCAGCACACCCACCCAGCACCGCAGAAGGACUCUCUUUGUCACUCAUAAAGUCCGAGUGUGGAGAUCUUCAAGAUAUGUCCGACAUCUCACCUUAUUCGGGAAGCGCAAUGCAGGAAGGGCUAUCACCCAAUCACUUGAAAAAGGCAAAGCUCAUGUUCUUUUACACCCGUUACCCCAGCUCCAACAUGUUGAAGACCUACUUCUCGGAUGUGAAGUUCAACAGAUGCAUUACCUCCCAGCUCAUCAAGUGGUUCAGCAAUUUCCGUGAGUUUUACUAUAUUCAGAUGGAGAAGUACGCACGUCAAGCCAUCAAUGAUGGAGUCACCAGCACAGAAGAGCUGUCCAUCACCAGGGAUUGUGAGCUGUACCGAGCCCUCAACAUGCACUACAACAAAGCAAAUGACUUUGAGGUUCCGGAGAGAUUCCUGGAAGUUGCGCAGAUCACGUUACGGGAGUUUUUCAAUGCCAUCAUCGCGGGCAAAGAUGUUGAUCCUUCCUGGAAGAAGGCCAUUUACAAGGUCAUCUGUAAGCUGGAUAGUGAAGUUCCUGAGAUUUUUAAAUCCCCUAACUGCCUACAAGAACUCCUUCACGAGUAGAGAUUGCAACGCUCUUUUGAAUGUAUGGAUAGAAGUCCCCCCGGAUGUCCAACUUCUCUGUGUCUAGAUUUUGGUUUUAUAUAUUUGUGUGGGGGAGGCAUGGCUAUGUUGUGACGUCAGCUGGUGGUUCCUUUUACUUUCCCUCAUCACAAGGGGAUGGGUAUCUCCCUUUAGUUUACUUUUGCCCAAGGCCCUUAAUAUUUGGAGACUUAAGGUAGAGUUGGUUUUCAGGAGAAGGGAAUGUCAGCCUGUGUCACGCGCACGAGAGCUAUGGAGUGCCGGUGACUGUGACACAGCUCACAUGCAUACCCCGUGCUGUGUUUCCUGUUUCUCUGGGGUUAAGAAGUUCUGGAAGAACCUGAGGAAAGCACUUCACACACUGGAAAACCUUGUUUGAUUUGAGCCUGAUAAGCAACCUUUUCUUACAUUUUUUUUUCUUACACAUUACAUCAAUGCCCUCGGCAGCUGGGUAGCUCACAUCUCAAAAGUACCCUCAAAGGACAGAUUUUUAGAGAGAUUGUCACCAAGUCCUUUGUAAGAGAAAUGGCAUAAACCGCCCCCCCAGACCCAAUUUUGUACAAAACUGAGUCUCUAGGCUGGGAAUGCACGCAGGCCAACCUGCUGUCUCUCGUGAGAUGUGAGCUGGCCAUGUCGACUUAGAGGAAACCCCGUGCUUUGUCACUAGUUGCUAUUUACUGUGCUUCAGAUAUUAAAAGGCAUGUACUUUUCAAAUGUAUCCUUUGCUCGACUCUCUUUAUACGCUUAGCAUUGCUGUCGCUGUUGUUGGACCUGUUGGACCUUCUUUCUUCUCCUAAAACACUAAUUUCUGGAUACCUUUCUACAGUAAGGAAUUAAGAAAUCCCACUGACCAUGAAAUCCUUGCCAACUCUUAGAGCACACUGGCAGUUGCUAGUGGACCUGACCUUUACUUCCCGUGAGGACAUCACCCAGGAAUGGCUCAUUUGCGUAUGGGUAUGGAGGGCGGCUGUCUAUCUUUUCCCUCUGGGUUAUAAUAUCUUAAAGCAGCUGACCAUGUCUCUUCUACUACAGAAGCUAAUUAUACUGACCCAAGUGUGUACAAUAGGUUAGUUUGAGGUUACCCAAGAAGACACAACUCCAGCACCCUGAGAAAGCUACCUGCUCUCUCUCCCACUCUCAGAUAGCUCCUUCUAAACCCACAGGUUUCUGAUGAUGUGCCACCUCCUACACUCGCAUUUAAAAUGCUAAAUAUCACUCACGCUUGUUUUCUUAGCUGGAUUUUUUUGUGUAUAGGUGCGGUAAACAGCACUGUUCACUCUAAUAGUGUGAUCCAGGUCCCUACUUCCCCUUAGAUAAUCUGAUGUGCACACUGUAAAAAAAAAAAAAUGACACAGCACCAGAUCCAGUAUUUAAAACAUAAAGGACAGAAACGCUAUUUCCCCUUAAUUUCUUAAAAAAUAAAAACCAGCGUUUGACUUUGGAGGACUCAGGUCAGCCCUUGUGACUGUUUAGCUGGCUGCAACGCUGUAAUUCAACAUCAUUUAUAAAUUCUGCUGAUGGGCAGGGAUGUAUGAACUCAAUUAUUGUCAGCACAAAGCCUUAAAACCUGCUGACUUCAAACUAAACAGUGGAGCCCUGCGAGGCCCAGCAUCUUCCGGGAGACCAGAGGCCUCGGCAAUCCGGACAGAGCAUGGAUUAGCAUGCUCAAUGCUGUCCACUCGCUACAGUAGCAUCUCCUAGUGCCCACACACCAACUCCUGAAUAGGUAAUUGUUAGAGUAUAUUUGUUAUUUUUCUGGCUGUCUUUAAAACAAACAAACAAACAAAAAAAGCCCAGGUAGUCGACCACACCAGUGAAAUAAACGUUACAAAUUAAACAGCAGAACCAGGAACCCAAUCGAUACAAAUUAUGGAAGUCUUUUACAUGCUUUGUUUGCAAACCUGGGGUACUGUGGUUCCUUCAAGGCUCCACCAGGGUCCUGGCUGUUCUGUUCUGAGUCACACACCAAUCAGAUCUCCCCCAUGUCACCCUUUGCAAGGUCGAAGGCAAAGCUUCAAUGUUGUCACUUGGGUAGACAGUUUGCUAGGUAUCUUUGUAAUCUGGGGCAAAUAGAUAUUGAUUCUAGACUUAAUCUUUAAAAUAUCGUUUUCCUCUCCCUUUCUGAUUUAAAUAGACAAAUUUAGCAAAAAAAAAAAAAAUGACAUUCUACUGAAUGUCUGUGCCCUUUGAUACCUAGACUCCCCUCUUGGUGUUCUCUGAGCUCUGAGGCUAGAGAUGAGCAUGGGGACAGACAGCUCGAUGCCAGAGGCAGGUCUCCACAGCUUUAUGCUGAGGCGGUUGCUCCUGGUACAGCCAUGUCUCCCAGUGAGAUAUAGACGACAGAAGCCUGUCUCUCAAUACUCCUACCAAGCAGUUAGUUCUUAAGUAAAACAAAAACCACCAGAUAAAUAAAUCAGAAUAAAAUCACCCAGUAGAGUGAACAAUUAAGACUGUUCACAUCUUAAUUCAGCUCUCACCCAAGUGAAAACUGCUUUGCGCACGGGAGAAAAGUUAACUUUUCACGGUGGGAACUUGGGGACCAGUUCUAAAUUCUGUGUUGCAAUUCCACGUGGCCACUUCUUUUCUGCUAACCCUGUAUUAUUUUUGUGUGUACCCUCAAGGUGGUAGUCUGUGCUUAGAUCUAAACUACACCAGCGUGGGGAUCUAAAAAACAAAGUCCUUCAAAACACCAGUUCUUUUCCCCCACAAGUACAAAUGUUCUUGUGCCUUCUGUGGCUUUCAGUCUCACUUCUUUUUACUUUAUUUCCAAGUACAGCUGCAAUAAACGCUAGUCUCUUUUCCUGGCUGUUUGACAUGAUGUUGAUAGCUAUGCAUAUUUUGCGUCUUUUUAAAACAAAGCGGGAGAAUAAUGUUUUUUGAAGAAGAGAAAUUUUUAGAACCAGUUUGAUACACCGCAAAUUAUUUUUUUUCCUCAAUUGUCUGAGCAGCAUUCGAGUUUUGGAAAUUCUUGUUAGAAGCCGAUUUUUUUUUUUUUUUGUAACUGUGGUGUAGCUCUCGUGUAUUAUUAGCCUAAUGAGAAGCACUAUAGAAGCAAUAUUUCAUACCAUGUGCAAUGUGUGUGCAGAAGUGCGUGUGCGUGUGAGCACGCAGGCACACACAUGUAAAAAUAUACAUAUGUUUGCGUGUGGAGUGGAAAGCUUACCUUUUCUUAUCUAGACUUUAAGAACCUAUUUUAGGCAUUUGUUAUGUUUUGUGAAAAGAAUGUUCUAUUUGCAACAACACAACACUGACUUCUUACUGUCUUUCUGGCUGUUCAAUGGAGGUGUUUUGCAUUAAAUGGUAAAAUUAUGUGGAAGAUGUUAGGAUCUAGUAAUUAUUUCAGUGACCGUUCACCGCAUAUUCCUCAAGUUUGCUUUGUGCCUCUGAGUGUUACUUUAUUGAAGUAUUUUAUGUUUGAAGAAUCCUUGUUACUGUGCUAGGAAUAUGGGUGAAUAUCAUUUUAAAAAAAAUAUUUAAAAACAUCAAAACAAAAAACACUAAAGCAAAGGGGAACUUUUAUAAGAAAAUGUAAAUAUUUAACCUCAUGGCCGUUGUUACGGAAGACAUGAGAUCUUAAUAAAUAGCUACAUUCUCACAGCAUCUGUUGAAUUUAUUAGGGACAUUACAGUGACUGUACAGGCAGUUGAAAGCAUCUCAAAAGUCCUGCUCUCUAUUUGCAAAAGAUAACAGUCUCUCUCUAGCAGAGGUCAAGGGCAAGGGCAGAGGCAUUUCUGUAAAUUUAUGACAUUUCUUUUCUGUGUACAUGACAACAUUUAGUAAGUAACCCCCCAUGUCCCCACACACAUGCAGGUUAAUAUCAAUCACUUAGUUCAAGACCUGGGGGGAGUUAACCAUAUAGACUGCUCCCCAAAAGCAACCAUAAAUUAAUCAAAGCAGGAGUGGUUUACAGAUAUCCCCCAGAGCAGCAAUGUGUGUAAGGAUGUGAACAAUCUCUUUGCUGUGUGUAUUAUAGAGAAUAUUUUGGUGUGAAGAGCACAACCGUUUCCUCCUGGUGUAAACUCCGUGUCUGCAGAUUUACAGCGGAGUUUUCAAAGGCUCCCUUCGGAACACGUAACGGUUGGUUUGCGUUGCCGCGUCACGCUUACAUGUCACGCUUACACGCGAGGAAACCCAGCUUUGCCUCGUAGAUCUGUUGGCUUUAAACCAUCUGAAAAACUAAAGCUAAAAUGCUCCUCUUCAGAGCUGAGGUCCAAACUAGUGUUUAAUCUUUGCAUCCUUUUGAAUGAUCCUUCUAAGACUAAGUGGAAGCACGUGGACUUUGAGUCUUUUCAACUGAGCGCUCUCUCAAAUCAGACACCCCCUAAUGUGCAGGUGCGUGAAUGAGCAGGCAUAUGGUUGGCCUGUCUUUGGGAAAAUGGAUUCAAUAGAUUUUUUUUUUUUAAAUAACCGAUUCCUCUGCAUAUGGGGGCGGGGGGAGGAAUAAAGCAUUUUACAGUUGUAUACUGCCACUUCAAAUUUAGGAACAAAAAUUGAUGUAUUUGGAGUUGGUCUCAGCUCCCUAGAAGAGUCAAAGUUCACAGCUUUCCCCAACAUUGUCCCAGCCAUUUCUCAUAUGUAUAUAGUAUAAACCGUGACAAACACUGCCUUUAUAUUAUUUAGCAAUAUGUUGUAAAUAGCAUUAUGAAGCUCUUUUUUUGUAAUAAAGACCCUAUGAUUUGAAUAUAGUACAAUAACUGAAUUGAUAAAGUCAAUUUUUGAUUUUUUUUUAGCUAGAGGCAAUUUCAAUUGUGCAUUUUUGUUGUUGUCUAUUGUUCUGAAGACUGCAUAAUUUAUUGGUUUAAUUUAUCCUAAUUUAUUUGAUGAAGGUGUACAAUUUUGUAUUACCAAGGAUGUACUGUAAUAUUAAUUGAUAGGAUUAAAAACAGUAAGACUCCCUGUCCAUAUUCAAAAGAAAACAAAAAGGUGCCGUGGACAAUUGAUUUUAAAGUAAAAAAGUAAAAACAAUUUAGUUUGGCAGCUACUAAAUUUUAAAACGACGAAAAAGAAAAAAAAAACCUAAAGGGCAAUGUGGUGGGGGGGUGGGGCGUGGGGAGGGUUUCCGUUGUGUGUUUUAAGCUUUUCUAUAUUCUCCGAACUUUGACCGUUUGCUUUGUACCACUAAAGGGUGCAGUAGUCCAACUGCCUUGUGUGCCUUCCAUCUUCUCCUAAACUGAAUGUAUGUGCAGUAUAUAUGCAAGCUUGUGCAAAAUAAAAUAUACAUUACAAGCUCA